AUGCCUCACAAGAAACAGAAAAAACCUAGCAAUGCUUUGCAAAACGGCUCUCCUAAAACGGAGACUAAGCCGGAUUCUCCUGAGUCUUCCGCCGUAAAAGGACCCAGAUUAGGUGCAACAAACUACAGAGAGAUUCAUCAAGAUGAGGCGGAAGCUCUGAGAUCGAUUUACGGCGAGGAUUUUCAGGAUGUAGAGCUCAGACAGGCAGCUUGGAAGCAAUCAUCUGAAGUGGCUUUCAAGCUUCGUCUUAGGGCGUCGUCCGACCCUAACGUUAGUAUAUUGCUAUUCGUUGAACUCCCGACGACGUAUCCGAAGACUGUGCCAAACUUGAUAAUUGAGGAGUCGGCUGAUAUUCGUCAAGGUCCGAGAUCGAGGAUUGAGAAUGUCAUCAAUCAUAAACCAAAAGAAUUACUUGGCUCGGAAAUGAUAUACGAGCUUGCUGUGAACAUUCAAGAAGUGCUUGAAGAUGCGGCAGUAGCAAGGGCAGAGGACAAGGAUAUGCCUAGCUUGGAGGAGGAGCGCAUCGAGCAAGAAGCUGCAGCAAUCCAACAGGCAGAGCAGCAUAAAAUGGAAGAACUGCGCAAGCAAGAAGCAGCCACAGCUGAGGAAGAAAGGGCAUUACAACGGCUGUUACAGGACAAGAUGAGACAGCGGGAGCGUACGAAGGCACGAGAUUCUCGGCGCAAAAGUCGAUCUGCCGCAUUGGAUAUUGGUGGUAACCCCGAAGAUACUUCUGGCUACGUCACAUUCGAUCCACCUUUGGUCAUGAAUGAUAUUGAUGAUCGACCGUUCACAUUCCAGGCGAUCUCUAGCAAGACCUUACUUUAUUCGUCGCCGAACUCCGAGACAUUCACAGCUAGACCGUUUGUUUCUGAGAAUCGAAUUCGUGCACCGCUCGUCGUGCUGAAGGAAAUCUAUCUGGAGGAGAAGUGCUUGGACUCAUUGGCGUUCCGGCAGCAGAUACGGACAAGCGAAGAUAAGCUUGAAGUAUUAAAAAGGUUACGCCAUACGAACAUUGUUGAUCUAAUAGGAUUCAAAAUUAGCCCUCCAUUACAAGCACCGGACUCCUCAAACAGUGGCUGGCAAAUCUGUGUCCUUUUCGAGUACGCCAAUAAAGGCUCGCUCUCAGAGCUGUUGGAUAUGAUAGGCUCAAUUGCAGUGGACUCGAUCCGCUCGUGGAUGAUACAGUUGCUAGAGGCUCUUGAUUUCUAUCAUAGAAAUGGCGUGGUACACGGAGAUAUACAUAGCGGCCGUGUAAUGCUAUUCCUUCAUGCAACUGGGAGUACGACAAUAAAGCUCCAAGGCAACAUCGAAGCGACAUUGCCGCGAAGCAACAACCGACAGGAGACUCUAGCGACAUCUAGGUCACCAUUCUGGAUGCCUCCGGAGCUUGCUCAGAAUGAUGCACGCUCGACAGUUAAAACAGAUAUCUGGGAUCUUGGUAUUCUGCUUCUACAAAUGGGGUUCGGGAAAGAUGUACUACAACGGUACACGUCCGCCAACGCUGUCAUGAAUAGCUUAGACUUGUCGAUGCCUCUGCACGACCUUUUGCGGGAAAUCUUCAAGCCAGAUCCGAAGAAACGCCCAACUGCUUUCCAACUACAGCCUUCUGAAUUCUUCAGGGUUGGUGCUCCGUUACUUGAAAGUUCCACAACUUCACAUUCGCACUCAAUUCCUUUCGUGCGACGACCCCGAAUGGACUCGCAAGUAGGAAUGCCCAAUUUUUCACGGUACGCGCACGAUUUUGAUGAGGCUGGUCGUCUAGGGAGAGGUGGUUUUGGCCAAGUAGUCAAAGCACGAAAUAAGUUAGAUGGGCGUUUUUAUGCAAUCAAGAAAAUAUCCCAAAACUCUGCAAGUGCAUUAAAAGACACCCUUUCUGAGAUCAUGUUAUUGUCAAGAUUGAAUCACCCGUAUGUAGUCCGCUACUACACGGCAUGGCUUGAGGAAGACCACGAUACAGUUGAUUCAGACGUCCUAUCAAUAGCUGAUGACGAAUCAGCAACAGACAUCGACCUGGGCGCGAGCACCAGUGGCUUGGAUUACAUCAGCUCAAGUGGGUAUCCCAAGGUCGAGUUUGGGUAUGACUCUGAUGAAGGUAGCACGUCUUCGGAUAGAGAGAAUGGUGCUUCGAAGGACUUGAUUGGCAGUAGCACGGAUGUCGGCAGUGUGAUAGGUAGAGUGCAAUCGGGGUCACAAGGUCGGCCGGUGACAAACACGUUGUAUAUUCAGAUGGAAUACUGUGAGAAACAUACCUUGAGAGAUCUAAUCCAUGAUGGUCUCUACGACGAUAUUGACCGUUGCUGGCGUCUAUUCCGUCAAAUUCUGGACGGUCUCAGCCACAUUCACAGCCAUGGCAUCAUUCACAGAGAUCUGAAACCUGAUAAUAUCUUCAUAGAUGUGGCAAACAAUCCCCGAAUUGGUGAUUUCGGCUUGGCCAUGAGCGGACAUUUUACUGCGGAAGUUCGUUACUCCGCAGCCACAGAUGUAGCUGAAGAUUUCACCCGCAGUAUUGGUACAACGUACUAUGUUGCCCCUGAAAUCAAGUCAUCCUCUACUGCCCAAUACAACGAGAAAGUCGAUAUGUUUUCUCUUGGCAUCAUCUUCUUUGAGAUGAAUUGCCCAUUGCGAACGGGUAUGGAACGAGACCAUACGUUACGAGCAAUUCGAGAGAAGAGCCAUGCACUGCCGCCAAUAUUUCAGCAAGCAGAGAAAGCAGUUCAAGGAGAGAUCAUUGAAUCCUUGCUGAGUCACCGUCCUAGCGAGCGACCCUCUGCUUCUGAGCUUCUACAAAGUGGUAAAAUCCCUUUGCAAGUUGAAGAGGAGACAUUUAGGAGGGCUAUAAUAGGUCUUCUCUCAGAUCCUAGCUCCCCAGACUACAAAAAGAUUUUGUCAGCAAUAUUCUCCCAAUCCCCAAAGAAAUUCGAAGACCUCACUUGGGACAUGGAUUCCCGCGGGAAUCCAGGGGCAAACGAGAUGCUUAUUAGAGGGCUAGUCAAAGAGAAGCUUAUACAAAUUUUCCGUCGGCAUGGUGCGGUGGAGACUACAAGACAACCAGUUUUCCCUAGGUCGGGUCACUAUCAAAACGGUGUGGUGAAGCUGUUGGAUACGUCUGGAAACAUGCUGCAACUUCCAUUUGAUCUAACACUACCAAAUGCUCGUGCUAUUCCUCGACAAGAUCCGUCGUUGGAGAAAACAUUCUCAUUUGGGAGAGUAUACAGAGAGUCACCACACGGUGGCGAACCAAGAUCACACCGAGAAGCCGACUUUGAUAUUGUUUCCUACAACACACUGGAUCUUGCUCUCAAGGAAGCAGAGGUAAUCAAAGUUCUUGACGAAAUCAUAGAAACAUUCCCUGUAUUGAGGUCUGUUCCUAUGUGUUUCCACAUCAACCAUUCUGAUCUGCUUCAAUUGAUUAUGGAAUUUUGUCGUAUUACUGCGGCUCAAAUGCCUGUCACGAAAGAGAUAUUAAGUCGAUUGAAUGUGGGCAAGUGGACAAUGCAGAAGAUUAGGAGUGAGCUUCGUUCCCCCACAAUCGGUGUUGCAUCUACUUCCUUGGACGAUUUGGCGAGGUUUGACUUUCGAGAUACUCCCGAAAAGGUUCAACAAAAAUUGCAGAUCAUUAUGGAAGGCACCGAGUUUGCUGAUAGGUUACCGCCCAUUUUUGCUCGAAUCAAGUCUUUGGUUUCCUAUAUCAAUGGCUUUGGCAUCAAACGCAAAGUUUAUGUCAAUCCUCUUGCAAGUCUCAAUGACAAGUUCUUCCGAGGCAGUAUCCUCUUCCAAUGUAUCUUCGAUGGCAAGCGGAGAGAUGUGUUUGCCGCUGGGGGAAGAUACGAUCGGCUGAUCCAAGAGUUUAGCCCCAAGCUGCUUUAUAGUCGUUCUCAAGCUCACGCAGUUGGUUUCAAUCUCAGCUGGGACAGACUGAGUUCUUCAAUGAUUGAUUACAUCACAAAUUCGGCGAAGACUUUUACAAAGCAUAAUGAAGCUGAUGUUGAAGGCUUCUGGCGAACUCGAAGAUGUGAUGUUCUUGUUGCAAGCUUCGAUCCCACUGUCCUUCGCACCCUUGGAGUGCGAAUCGUACAAGAGUUAUGGGCACAUGACAUAAUAUCGGAACUUGCAGUGGAUGCCUCUUCUUUUGAAGAGCUCGUGUCCCACUAUAAAGAGGAUAAUCAUUCAUGGGUUGUGCUAGUCAAAGCCGACAGCAACGAACGGGGACUCAAGAUCAGAAGUUUAGUCAAGAAAGAGGAGUUCGAUGUUAGGGCGUCAGAUCUAGUUGCCUGGCUACGUGCAGAGAUACGAGCACAGAAUCACCGCGAGAUCUUAGUCGAUCAUCCCAAGCUUAUGAGGAAUCCUAGUCAACCGGAUACAGUUGGUCCUAGUGGUGAGCGUGGAAAUGAUGUGCGUAUUUUGAUAGCACAGCACAGGAGUAAGAAGACGAAUCGAAGAAACAUUAUUGAGUCAGCUAUUCUACGUUCUCGCGAACUUGUCGACAAAGCCCUUAAUGGACCCAUUGCGGCUGUUGAUACAAGGGAUGACCUACUAGAUGCUAUUCGGGACACUCGUCUAUGCGAUCCUGAUAGCUGGCGGGCUGUCAUUCAGAAUGCGCCUCUAACGGAACGAAAGUACUUAGGGCAGGUCCAUGAGCUUCUUCGAGAUCUUGCUUCUGAGUAUGUACCAGGGGGAGGUAAGGAGCAUGAAUCAAAUAAUGCUUUUAUAUACAAUUUCCGUACUGGGAUGUGCAUAUAUUACGACCUUGGUCGUUCGACCUAGACAGGAUGAGUAUUCUAGAUUUGCAAUGCGCAAAUUUAUGGUUGUGACAAGGAGAGGAACAAGAAAGAAACGAAACGAAAAAGCGAUGAUGAUGAUUUGCAUGAUUAGCGCUCGUCUCCUUUGAUUGAAUUAACUCCACUCAGUUUCCCAUAAAGUACUUAUUAAUAUACAAAAACGUUUCAUGUAGGUUAAUAAAUCAAUCGCUAUCAUCAUCACUACCAUAAGCCACCAAAGGCCCUCCUGAAUUCGCUACAGUAGGUUGUGCUGCCGGCGCAAAACCCUUGAGGGCAGCUAAAGUCGAGCUAGACAAUAUGCCACCAGAUUGUUGUUGCUGAUCGCCAAUGGUAGAUGCCAAGUCCAGAGAAGAUUCGGGUGCAUUCUCAAUAAGAUGACGUUGUCCAGAAGACUCUAAUUGAAGAGGAGUUUCCCCUGCGUUUUCGAUUUCCCUCGUUCGUGCAUACCAUAUAUCAUCUGAUGGUUCAUACCCAUCCAGACCAAAGCUGCCUUCGAUUUUCUUCCGUUUUCUCGCUUCGGGAUCGCGGCCUUCGAGUUCGGCGACGAAGUCGGCUGGGAGUGCCCGCCGGAUAGCUUCUGCGGCUUGUUCUUCAAGGCGAUGGGCUUCUCGUUUCUGAGCUAGCGGGUUCGGGUCGACUGUUGCCCAGCGAACG